AUGUCAACGGCUGUUGCAUCCGCGACGGCUGCUCCGUUAUCCUCUCCGCAUACCACCCGCGAUCCGAGCCCGAAGAACUGCCCGACAUUGGCUCCUCCAACCGGUGGCCCGGCGAAUUCCUCUCCCUCGCGCAUGUCGACCACUUCCCAAGAUGGCCCGACCAGUGGCACGCCCGAGCGCAACCCGUCGUCUCCGUCCCAAGGUAGCACCGGCCCAAGGAUUACCGUGAAGAAGGAACCGCCCUCGUCGCCGCGCAUGCAGAGUCGCCCACGGCCCCGAAAGUUGGAUCUGUCGACCAGCCUUCCGUCUUCCAGUGGCCUCCAGGUGCGUCCACCGGGAGGGCCCAUGACCGCCAGGGAAGGCGGCUUCACCAUGCAAAAUGUAGGGCUAGCCUGCCUGUCACCGGGAUUCCAGACGCACGAUCCGAUUAUGCGAGAGCAGCUGCAGCGCAGUAUGUCAGUACGGGACCAGCAGCGGUCAAUAAUCGAGGCGCGGUUACAGAAAUCAGCCAAGGAUGAAGGUCCCGAGGGAGUCAAACCGUCCGAGUCGAAAUUCAUGGCCGUACCAAAGUCCGGUUCUAAGCGACGACCUCCUCCUGGCCUUUCAAUUGUCCCGCCAUCCGCGUCCCAGUUUGCCAAUGAACGAGUGAUUCAAUCCGCGCCGUUGAAUCAGACCUUCACUGGUCGGUAUCAACCUCAGCCAUUGACCCGCCAUAUCGUCAACCAGAGCCCGACACUGGGGUCAACAUCGCAUAUGCACCACGUUCCCGCCACUCAGACCAACAACCGCCUCCCUCCGCUCUCCGAUGUCUUUGGAUCAGACACAUUGGGCGGUCGUGACCGUGACCGCCCUAGUCUAUAUCCCCAUGCAUCCAGCUCCAAUUCCUCCCAGUCCAACCUGGCUCCCCUGCCCUCCCCCGGUCUGCCUGGCAACAUGUCCCAAACGCCUACCCGGCCGCGGGAGUACCGUUCCGCUGAAGAGGCAGUUCAGGAGAUGUCCGGUGGACGGGAAGAGCUCCUCCCGCGUAUCGUGCACUAUGGCGGUCACCAACCUCCUACUCCCCCAUCGCCCCAUGCUGGCCAUAUGGCUCCCAAGACCGCACCGUUGAUCAGUGAACCCGCCCACAGCAUACCGCCAGCUCCGCCAAUGUACUCUACCGAUAUCACUGCUCGCCGCCGCCCACGAAGCGAAUAUGAGCAGGAUAAUGGGAGCCCACCUUUGGGCCAUGGCCCCGAUCCUCACAGCCGGCCCAACCCUGCGGCGGCCAUGGGGCCAAAUUCGACCUUCCCUGGUCCGUUUGGCGCAGGCAGGGACUCGCCAGAGACUCAGCGAAGAAAGAAGGAAGAGUUUUUGGGUCUGUGUGCGCGAGCUUGGGAUUUGUUCCAUUCUUGA